UGUAACAUUGUCAACAUACCUUAAUCUUCAAUGUAGAUCUCUAGAUUUCUGUGAUUUGUAACUGAGCAUGUAAACUCGAUCUAGAUCUACAUCUAGAUCUAUAGAAAUACCAACCACACGAGGUUUAAUUUAUUAAAACAGAAAUGGGUUUCUGGAAAAAAGCUGUAUCAGGUGUUUCUGCUGCUAGCAUUUGUGGAAUGGGCUACAUAGCUUAUGAUGUCAAAAGACAUAAGGUUUAUUCUGAUCAGACAUUUGCUGAAGCUGCUAAACAUUAUUUCACUGUUCGCAGUUUGUAUGUGAUGGGCAAAAUAAUGGCACGUAAACUAGAAGCAGCAACGAAAGACAUCAAAACAGCACAGAAAGAGUUUUUAAUGCAACAGCUAAAAGAAAACAAGGACACACAGUUUUUUAAAGAUAUGCAGCUCAACCAAGUACAAUCAAUAGAGGAUUUCCGUCAACUGUUUCCUCUGACUGACUACACCUAUUAUUCUCGUUACAUCAGUCGAAUGAUGAGUGGGGAAAAAAAUGUUCUCUCUUCCCAGCCACCAAUCAUUUUUGCAGUAACAUCAGGAACAUCUGGCGACAGCAAAGUGAUACCCAUGUUGAUGAAACAAACCAAGCUGUUCUUUCUAGAGGGUAUAUCAGUUUUGUUCAAGUACAUGGUUGAUACUUACCCUCAAACCAAACUGUUGAGUAAAGACUUGAAACUUUUUUUUUCACCAAACUGGAGAUACACUGUGGAUGAAGUUCCUGUCGGUCCCAACUCUGCAUCCCCUGACAGGUCACAUAAUCUUCUUCACAUCUACACAACGCCAAUGCCAGCAUAUGAUGUCAAGUCAGAACCUGAAGCACUUUAUCUGUAUCUCCUAUUUGCACUUCUAGACCCACAUGUAGGAAUGAUCGAAGCUAAUUUUGCUUCAAUUGUAUAUAACGCUUUCUGCACACUGGAUGCUCAACUUGUCCAGCUGGCGACGGACAUUAAACAAGGUGUAAUAAACCAUGACCUUAAGAUUGACCCAGCUGUUAGAGAGCAGCUUCAAGAUUUACUGAAGCCUAACCCUGUCAGGGCAAAGGAACUGUUAGAGGCAGCAGAGAAGGGUAAAGUUGGACUUGCCAGAAGAAUAUGGCCUGAGCUUCAAGUUGUCCUUGCUGCUGAUACCGGAACAUUUGACUUGUACGCAGAGAAGUUAAGAAAUGAAUUUUGUAAAGAUGUGCCACUGUAUUCUCCUAUAUAUGCUGCAUCUGAAGGCUUGCUUGGAAUCAAUAUUUGGCCCAAUCAGUUGCCAUCUCGUUAUCUUCUUCACCCUAGGGCACAGUUUUUUGAAUUCAUUCCUGAGGAUAUCAUGGAUGAAGAGAAUCCAGAUGCUUUUUUGAUGCAUGAGGUAAAAGAUGGCAUGACCUAUGAGUUGGUCAUCACAAACCCCAGCUGUUUGUAUCGCUACAGGUUUGGGGAUGUUGUUAAAGUGGUUGGAUUUCAUAAUCAAUGUCCAAUUAUAGAAUUCAAAUAUAGGAAAGGUCAGUUUUUAAAUAUCAGAGGAGAGAAAGUCUCUGAACAAUUGUUCUAUGAUGUGUUGAAGUCCAGUGUGUCCAAAAUGUGGUCCAACUGUACCUUAGCAGACUAUUGUUGUAUAGAAAGUGUAGUACUGGAUGGCAUAGACAUUCAUCAAGACUUCAAAAGUAAGCAGCCUUGUUAUCAUGUGUUUGUGGAGUUAGAAAAGGAAGAUGGCAGUGGAGAUCAAAUGUUAACAUCAAACUAUCAGAAUACUCUGCUUGAUGAUGCACUGAAAACACAUUCAUAUCCAUAUUGCUCAUUUCGACAAAAAGGCAGCAUUGGCCUAAUUCAAGUGCAUUUAGUUCCCAAAGGUUCCUUCCAAUCUUUACGCCUAUACAUGCUAGAAAAGCCUACAGCGACAUCCAACCAGUACAAAAUACCUAGAGUUUUACGGAAUCCAGGAGCUGUUAAAUUUAUGCUUGAUAAGGCUGUUAGCUUUAAAAAAUAAUUUUGUUGAGAUAUAUAGUGAUGUUAUAACAUAAAAUAAACUGAAAGACUUGGUUUUCAGACCUUAGAUAUUAUGUCCCAUGUAAGAUGGGAAAAUUUAAUAAGCUGUCUUCCCAUUGUGUGAGACUGGAAUUUGUGACUCGAAAGUUUAAUAGACAUGAAUAUGAUGCACACCUUCAACAGUAAUAGGUGCUUCAAUAGUAUACAAUCAAAUACAUAGGUGAUGCACAUGUAAAAAUAACUGAAUAUUCAAUUUGGAAAUGUGUACAUACUUGAUACAAACCAACAUGUUCCACAUGCUAUUUUCCCUGUUUACAUUCCCAGAAUUUCUUGAAAUUUUGACUUGAUAAUCAAAAUUUGUGUGUGUCUUUAAUAAGAUGAACUUUCUAAAACAUUCAAGAACCUGAGGGUGUUAGUCAUAAGCCAAUCAGAAUUUGGCAAAGCUGGAAAUUAUAUUUGUACUUUUUAGUUAGAAGUUGAACUUUAUGACCUUUCAUAAUAAAUGUUAAAAAAAUGUAAGCUUUUUUUUUUUCAUAACUUUUUUAAUGCAGACAUUUUUAGAGCUAAUUUUUUUAUUUUUUAACAUAAAAAUGGAUUUUUUUUUUCUGAACCUGUACUUAUUUAAUUGUUGUUGACUUGAUUAUUGUCAUUUUAGUUUAACCUUUAUAUUAAUUAUAGAAAUAGCACUCUUCAUGUACAUAAUUAUAUAUGAAAGCAUUUAAUAUAUCCUAUGGUAACCUACAACAAAUAGUAAGGAGAGGAUAAUUUGGUUUGUAUGUGUGUGCUUAAAUGUAUUAAAAGAGGUGUGGAAAAUUAAGAAUGUUUUGCUCAAAAAUUAUUUUAUGGAAAAAAAAAAAAAAAAUGAUUUCCAGGUUUUUUGUUAUUAAGGCCUCAUUCUGUUGCGAAAUGACUAUGAAUUAUCUCAUGAAGAUGAGAUCAAUGCCUGGGCAUUAACACUUCAAAGUUUUACAACACUAAAUUUGGGCAAGUUAUAUUCUAAUUUUUUUCCUUUAUUAUAAUGGAUCUCUUACUAAUAUGCUGAAUAUACAUGAAAACAACAAUAUAUAGUUUGACCAAAAGCCCUACUUCUUCAAAAGUCAAACCAUAUGUUCAAUACCAACUUUUAACCAAGUAAGGAUGACUGGCAAGGAAAAGAACCUGGUAUUAUUAUGAAAUAAGAGUGGAAUUUAGAUUAUUUUGAACUUGCAUACAACAAAUUUAAUUUAAAUUCACCUAAUUGUUGUUGUUUUUUACGCUUGUCCUUGCUGAAAAAAAAAAAUUGGUUAAUUCUAAUAAGAGUUAUGCAAUAAUUCCACAUCACAGAUGUUUAAAUCAUGAUUAACACUAAUGGCGUAUUCUGUGCGGGUAUGCCUAGGGAAUGAAAAAGUGUCUGAAUAUUCUCUGAGUCACACAAUGGCUUGUCAUUUUUUUUUUAAAUGUUAAAUUCUUUAAAAAAAAAAAUAUCUCUCUUAAAAUCAAAAGUAAAUGACAUAUACAACCUCAAAUUAAGCUCAGAUGACAAUAAUAUUGUGCAUAGUUUCUUUGAUUUCUGUCUGCAUUAUAUAUUAUUAUUGUUUAUAGUUAGUCCUAUGGUUGAUGUAAAGCAAAGAUACAUUUUUUCCAAAAAGCAACAACAUAAUUGUAAAAAACCUUACAGAAUAAAGUAUAUAAGACAAAAACCUUUCCAUUAAAAAAAUUUAUUCAACUUAAUCAUUCAAACAAUUGUCAAAUUUAACUGCCAACUUUAAAUACAGCUACCAUUAGGUAAGACUUGUCUACUAAAAAUGAUACUAGUGUUAACAUUGAAAACAAGGCCCUCUCACUGUUACAUGAUCUUGACUUUCUUGCAUAUUCUUCAAUAAAGAUCCUGACUUGAUCACCACAUAAUACUACAAAAACAAUCAC